CUCGAGGGUCACCCGGACUUGUCGACUGACUGAACGGAUUGUAUUGAGUCGCGGCUAGUUUCGAGGCGAUUUUGCCAAUUUCCUUCUCAAACGCGCCGAAAUAUAAGUAAAGCCCUCGAACUAAACAUUGCACUCGGUCAAAAAUCGUACAUAGAAAGCAGAGUCAACUACAUUUUGUAGUUCGGUCUUCGAGCCCGAGCGUGUGUGUCGGUAGGCUCGCCUUGCGUUGAAAAGAAAGUUUUUGCUAAAUAUACAAGCCUCAACAAACAAAAUAAAAACGUGCAAGUUUUGUUUUAUUUUGCUUCGCAUUUUCCUCUCCACGCUCCAGACUAGCUUGCACAUAGUUUUCCAAUUUGGUAGUGCCCGCGAAUACCGUAUGGGAAAUCUGAAUCACAGCAAGCGGUCGAUCUUCGUUUUGAUCGUCUCUUUGCAUUUCGCCAAGCCAUAUUUUCCAUGGCAACUGGCAACCAAACUGGCGGUCAUUGCAGCGGCUCAAGUGAAAAACUGAAAACUGAAAAACCGAACUGAAAAAGCGCUUACCAAAAGCAAUGGGGAAAAACUAAGUGUUGUAAUCUGUGAACGUGUGUGUGAACUAUGCAUCGUCGCGUUGUCUAAAGCCAAACGAAAGCUCAAAUAAUAGGGGCAGCAACUGAAUCAACUUGCAACAACAAUACAAACACGUCCAAACAAAGUGCAGUCCCAGCCACAAAGCCGCAGCCGCGGCAGAAACAAAACCCAGUCAAGAAAAUUGUAACACAAGGCUCGAAAAAAAUCUAAAUUGAAUCAUUGCGACACUGCCUUCUUAGUUAUUUAGCAAUUGUAUGCACCAAAACAAAGCUUUUCUCAACGGCAACGGCAACUGCAACUGCCACUGCUGCGGCUCAGCUGCCCCACGGCCCGCGCCCCCAGCUCUUUUCGACCUGAGCUUGCCUAUUGUUACAGUUACGACGACGCGCAAUACCUGCAACAUGGAGUAUUUAACAGGUCGACUAAGCAUUCUGUGGCUGCUGGGACUGAGCCUACUGCUAUUCAAAACAGGAUCCACAGAGGCACAGAGCAAACGAGCCUCACGCGUCACCAGUUCCCGUAGCUUUGGCACGAACGUCAAGCCCACAAGCUCCAAUGGCAUUAGCUUCGACUGCCCCGAGGAGUUCGGAUACUACCCGCACCCCUCGGACUGCACCCAAUACUACGUGUGCGUCUUCGGAGGAGCGCUGCUUGAGAGCUGUACUGGCGGCCUCAUGUACUCGCACGAGCUGCAGACCUGCGAUUGGCCCCGGAACGUGGGCUGCGAGUUGGUGGACACAUCAUCGGAGCGCGGCCCCGCACGUAGCCAGGGCCAGAGCCAAACGCACACCCAGGCGCAGCAUGUUCCCAGUAGAGUGCGCUUUGGAGCCGCUUUCAGCAGCCCUGGCGGCACGCAGAAGGCGCCCACUGUGGCCCCACAGUACCACCGCUCUCCGCCACAGGUCAUCCAGGCGCAGGUGCAACACAUACCUCCUCCGCCACCGGAGCUGCGAGUGCCACCCAACCCGGUUAUCACGUCGCGGGGUCAACCAAAACCACUGAUCGAGUCCCAGGAGGACAUUGCGAAGCUGUAUGCCGAAGCGCAAGAGACUUUGCCGCCUGUAGAAGAAGAGGAGUCCGAUCGUCAGCAGAGAGUGUACCGCGGCCAACCCAGUACCGUCAGUCAAGUGCAGCGCGACCGCGAUGGUAUUAUUCACCAGGCCAGUAUCAAUGCCAUUCCUCAAUCUGGAAAAAUCGCAUCGUACGCUUUUGGAACGGCCUACAGAGUUGAGUCAUCCUCCCCGUCAUCGCUAGGGGCGCCGCCACCCGCUAAUGUAUUUGUACAGCCCACGCCACAAGCUCCAUCGCCACAGUUAGAACCCAAUCGUAACUACUACAAUGCAUCCAUAUUUAAUCAUGGGGGCGGCUACCAACCACCGCAGCAGCAACAGCAGCAGCAACAACAACAACUACAGCCAACACCAUUUCAACAAGCGACACCGCAACAACAACAUCAGCUGCAGCCACAAGCCUCACCACAUCCCUAUGAUUCAUCCUAUUAUUCUGUUUACGACGACGAUAUCGAUUUGUAUAGGGAUAUAGAGUACCAGCAGCAGCAGCAACAGGACCAGCAGCAGCCAUCUGUCCCCCAGUACCAACCAACAGUGCGCCAACAGCAGCCGCACUCAACCUACCGCCCCUUAGAGCUCUCGGCUACACCGACACCCCCACAGAAGUCAUCUUACAGCAACCAGCAGACUUUGGCCUACUCCUCAGACUACGAUGAGGACAUUAAUGCGCAGAUCGAACAGGAAAAUUUGUACGAUCAGCCCACACGUUCACCGCAAAGGGUGGAACAGGUGGCCAUACAAAGGCUGGAUUCUCGACCCAGUCCUUCGACAGACCUAUCCCCGACGACGCCCGCCACCCGUCCGGAUGCUCUCACCUAUUAUGACACUGUGACCACCCCCAACCCUCCGCAACAUGGGCCAGCCGACUACAGCUACUCCAGUUCCGCAGAGUAUGCUUUCGGGUCGGCAGAGGACUACGACCUGAGAGAGCGCACACUGACUCGAGCCAAGUCCACUGCACGCACCUACACGGAUGACUAUGAUCUGAUCGCCAAUGUUGUGGGUCCUACCAGCAAGAGCACAAUGGCGCCACCAACACGAACCCAGAACACAAAAUCAACUUCGGCACUUAGCAUGAACCCGUCCAAGAGUUCCAUCACCAACACACAAAUUCUUGAGGUCACAAAGUCCACAACAACAACAACAACUACAACCACGACACCAUUCCCAUCGACAACAACAACAAAACUAGCAAGCUCGAAAGCGCAUGCAAUUAAGCCUUAUAAACAACAUGUUCCCAACAAAUCAAAGACAACUACACAAGCUUCCAGUACCCCACCCACCACCACGUCCAGCUCCAUACCUCCCCCGAAUCCCACGACCUAUAGUUCAAAUCCCUUCCUUAAAUCGAAACUUCAAAAUCUGGCCAAGUCGCUGGUACACUUUGUCUCAAACAGCCAGACCAAAGGCAAUACUACUGGCUUUCGUCAAGUUAAAAACCUGACAAGCUUUGAUCACCAACCCACAAUUCCGGAACCAGUCCCUGACCAAGUUCCCGCCCAAACAUUAUCCCCAGUCCCCGAGCCUUCGUCCACGCAAUGGCCCCUAGUUGAGGAUCACGUUGAGACUGUCUUUGAUGAGAGUCAGAACGUUCAUGUUCAGACGGCUGAACCGCCAAGGAGUCGCUCUUUCGAAACCAGCACCUCGGCCAAAUUCCUGGACUUUAUUAAUGCCGCCGCUUAUGGUACCAGUCCGCGUGGGAACCUGCUGAAUGCUGUGCCAAAUAAAUUUGUGGGAAGGGAUUUUCCCUAUCGGGAUAGAGAUUAUUCAUUCGAGUCAAGCUCAAAGGACCCAGAACUGCAGCGCAAACGUAUUCAGACCUAUAUCACUUCCGAUGUGGCGCCUGAGAGUUUUAAAGUUCCGGCAAAUGGUGAAGUGCGACCACAGCCGGAAGGAAUGGAAAGCGCAAGUACAUCGCGACCCAGUAAGCCAAUAAAACACAGCCUUCAAAGUGGAUCACAUGGUUUUAGUUUGCGUGUGGAACAGAAUGAAAGGGAAAGUAAUGUGUCUGAGCCAAUUUUUGCGGAGAAAAAGAGUCUGCCGUCCACCACAACAGCAAAGAGCCCAACAACACCGGCCGACUUAUCUCAGGAAUAUGUGGACAUCAUACCCACAACAUACGCCCCACCGCUUCGCAUUUGGCGUAACGGAAGACCCACCAUCCAACAGGCAUAUUAUAGGCCAACCACCGCAAGUUCUAGCACAAGUUCUAGCACAACUACUAGUACCACUACAAGCACAUCACCUCCUACCACCUCAAAUGAUAACGUUGAGUCGAGCAGUACCAUUAGGACUACUACAACACCAAGGGCUCUGGCCCCUCCAAGCACCGAACGGUAUGUUGUACCGGGACAAAUUUACACGGCCCGAACCAAUUACUUCAAAGAUAACCUAAAUCGCGUUACUGCUAACCCGGCAACGCGUUUUGUAUCUCCGUACAAAAGUCUAGAGAACUUGCUCCAAGAAGAUCGCCAGCACCAGUACCACCAACUGCGGACGACAGCUAGGCCGCGCUACACAAAUGCACCUGCUUUUCCGCCCUUCCUCCAGACUACUUCAAAGCCGGCCAAAAACCUUUUCAUGACCACAUCUGUUAGAAACACCAGUCAAGAUGUUUUGGCCACAAUGGCGACAGGAAACGCACGUAACUUCAGCGUUAGCGACGCAAUACUCAGUACAUUUAGUCCUCAGCGACCAGCGCCGAGUAUGCUGCGAACCACCACUAUGGCAACAACAACAACAUCUAGCACUGAACCACUUCCGCUAGAAAUGACUACUACUGCUGCUCCGACGACCGUUUCAGCCGUGAUCGCUUCUUCGCCCAUCCGCGUAUCCCAGUCCCCAAUGCGUCCCCGUGGCCGCUCUCGCUAUACGGCGGCCACUCUAAACAAUGUCGGGGACAGCGUAGACGAGCCCACGACUUAUGCACCCAAGCUUAGGUUGCCCGCCGGCUAUGAUACCAGCCAGUUUCCGAAACGCAAGCCUCAACGCGUUCGAGUGAUUGGUAAUCAGCGGACUUCCUUUGGGGAGCCAACAGCUAAGCCCCACGAAAAGUAUGAAGUCUACAAGGCUGCAUUGCAGGCCAAGGAUUCCGCUUAUAGCUCCCACAGUGCUUUGAGCAAGUCCCUAAAGCACAAGUCAAUCGAGAAUGAAGCCAGCGUUGCAGACGAGCCACGGGCCGAGGCUUUGAUCAGCCAGCCGUUAGAGGCCAGGCAACAAAACAGCUUAGAGCAGGGUGGAACUGCGAUAGCCUUCAGCUCCACCGAACAUGUGGUGGCGAUAACAGACCGUCCAACUGUCAAGUUUCUUUACUCUAACAAAUACCGCCAGCAAACGGCGGAACGCACGUUGGCAGAAAGUCUUCAGAACGCUGGGUACAUAGCAUCAGCUAACGGGCCAGCACAGAAGUUCCGAUCCGCCAACGUCCUUGAGCAGCUGAGGCAGUUCCUUGCUGGCAGUGAUAGUAACAGCAACAGCGAUGAGAGCGGCACCUCCCAAUUUGUUGACGAGUAUUCAUUGCCCGAGAUAAAGGCCGCAGUCGAUGAGAUCAAGCAACUUUACAUGGUCACUGACCGACCUGCAACGAGCACUUUAAAAACUAGCACGACGACGCUGCGUCCUACCACUACGCCGAUUGUCCCGCCAUCUGCACUCCGAUCCACCUUAGCAACCGUUACCUCGUCAGUGCGUCAAGAAGCAAACCAAUCCAAAGCAUACUCCUUUCCCUCCACUUUAAAAGUCUUAAGCACCGACUCCACUCUUACUGCAAGAGCCACCCAGAGUACCCCCGACGUUAGUACCACUAGAUCGCCGAAAGACCCUCCUGUUUACCCGACCCCCGCCCCCAACAUUUCCACCGCUACAGCAACACCCUCUCCAUUUGCACCGCACACUGCGCGCGCUUCGAGGGUUAACAAUGUCAUAAAGUCGUCGAUUGCUGCCGCUGCCCUAGGCCCUAGCACCUCAACCUAUCAGCCACCAGUGUCAGCGGGUAAAGCCCAAAAGCUCCAAUUCGGCUUCGCCCCCAACAAUAAAAACCACCAAAUAAGCAGCAUCCAUAAAGGCGCAGCAGCUUCAGCCUCUGUGAAGUGCUCCGACAGCACACCAAACGCCAAAUGCAACGAGAUUCCUUUAAGAAACAACAAUAGAAACCGGGGAAAUGCAAUGUACGCCAAUCAGGAUCGAGACGUACUUUCUACGCCGAAUCGUGGAACUCACCCACCACGAACACGACCCACACUCAAGCCAUCGGGCACGAUCGUGUCAAAGGCCCAAGAGUUUGUCGAUAUAUACCGGUACCCACCGACUCGCCCCGACCCAAUAUACCCACAGCCCACGCCCGAUAAAACGGCAGCCAAGUGCCGGAAGGACGUAUGCCUGUUACCAGACUGUUAUUGCGGAGGCAAGGAUAUACCUGGCGAUCUACCCGUUGAAAGCAUACCUCAGAUCGUUCUAUUGACUUUCGAUGAUUCGGUGAAUGACCUAAACAAGCAGUUGUACACGGACCUCUUCGAGAAAGGUCGCGUCAAUCCCAACGGCUGCCCGAUAACAGCCACUUUUUACGUCUCCCACGAAUGGACUGACUACAGUCAGGUUCAGAAUCUUUACGCCGAUGGACACGAAAUGGCCUCGCAUACAGUUUCCCACAGCUUUGGCGAGCAGUUCUCGCAGAAAAAGUGGACUCGUGAAAUUUCCGGGCAGCGGGAGAUCCUUGCUGCUUACGGCGGUGUCAAGCUAUCUGAUGUACGAGGCAUGCGCGCACCGUUCCUCUCGGUCGGUGGUAACAAAAUGUACAAAAUGCUAUACGACUCAAACUUCACCUACGACUCCUCCAUGCCUGUCUACGAGAACCGACCACCAUCCUGGCCCUACACCCUGGAUUACAAGAUAUUCCACGACUGUAUGAUUCCGCCCUGCCCAACCCGCUCUUACCCCGGAGUAUGGCAAGUACCUAUGGUCAUGUGGCAGGAUCUAAACGGAGGCCGCUGCUCGAUGGGCGAUGCAUGUUCGAACCCGAGCGAUGCAGAUGGAGUAACCAAGAUGAUUAUGAAAAAUUUUGAACGUCAUUACACCACGAACAGAGCACCUUUCGGCCUGUUUUAUCACGCUGCGUGGUUUACCCAGCCCCACCACAAGGAAGGAUUCAUUAAAUUCCUGGACGCCAUCAAUGCCAUGCAGGACGUGUGGAUCAUAACCAACUGGCAGGCACUGCAAUGGGUCAGAGACCCCACACCAACAUCUCGCAUUAAUUCAUUCCAGCCGUUCCAGUGCGACUAUUCGGAUCGGCCCAAACGCUGCAACAACCCGAAAGUAUGUAACCUGUGGCACAAGUCUGGCGUCCGUUACAUGAAAACAUGUCAGCCAUGCCCUGACAUUUACCCCUGGACUGGAAAAUCCGGAAUCCGAUCUUCCCGCAUCGAUAAUGAAGUUGAAGAACCGGCGGCGUAAGACUCAGGAUCGCCAGUCUCGCAUGGACCUUUUGGGGAUUAAGAUCAUAGGCUAGCAGUAGGCAAAAAGAGACACUCAGCAAUCUAAGAUGCCGAAAUGUUUAAGCCACUAUUCAUUCGAGCUCAAAAUACGGAAUUCACUCGUAAUACGUUUUCAUUUAAUUAAUACUUUUAGCUAAUUUUUUAAACGACCAUAGGCAAUUUUUCGGAGCAUGUUACUACAAAUUAUUUAUUCCCUCUUACAUACUUAAUACCUGUCUGUAUAUUCCUAUAGAUUUUUACGUGUACGGUUAUUCUUAAAGUUGCACACGCAAUCGAAGCCGGAUCCCUGUAAACGUAAAUCAAUUAGGUAUAGGACCGUAGACUUAUAAGUACUAAUAAACUGCGUGUUUGGUGCACCAAGAACUUCGAUGAAAUAAUACAAUACUCAGUAGGAUUUGGAUGCACCAAGUCCAUGGUUUCAACCACUGAAACCGCAUUUAAAAAUUAAGCUAAUACACUUUUUCGUUUAAUGUGUGAUAAAGAGUUACAGCUAACUGUAUGUAUUAUUAGAUGUGCACAAGUCUUUAUUCACGCCUUCCCUUUUUCCAUUUUAUUUGCGUUGCUUUUCCUUCAAUUAAAAAGUUGUCAAACGCAAGUUUGUAUUGGAAUUGAGUGCAUUGAAAUAGAUAGGUUCUUAUAACCAUAAACUGGUCUAAUGUUAUCAAAAAAGAUUUUUACAUUAUUUUAAUUGACCAUUCACAGCCACCAACAAAGUGUCAGUUUAAUAAAACUAUUUUUGAACUUUACAAGUCGGUACGCACAUUUGAUACCCAACGGCAGUCAAUGAGUGAAUUAACAAAAGGAUUUAGAUCAAGAAAUAGAAAAUAAGUCGAAGCGAUUGCCAAUAUUUGCCGUUUAUCAAAAAAAUGUACCACAUUGAAUUCAGUUUAAAUAAACGACGUGCAAGCCUGUCAACUGUAGUUUACCAUGUAAGGUAUAAAUAAAGUAUUAAGGGAUUCAACAUGCAAUAAUUAGAGAUGAUAAUCAAAUAGGUCAAGUUGCAUAUAUUAUAAGGGCAUAUAUAAAUAGUGAGGUAAAAUAUUUAAAACAGGGCGCAUUAUAAAGCAAUGUUCGGAGAAACGAGUGAAUUAAGUAUUUUGUGCUAAUGUUUGUAAAAAACGAUAUACCUAUGUAUGUAUGAAUGUACUCACGUAUGCUUGCAAUAAAAUGUAAUAUUUAAA